AUGAUUGGGCUAUCAAACUCAAUUGUAUUUUUGGUAAUAAUUUUUAGUGUUGCCAGUCAAGGAGAUGUAGACCUUGGUUUUAUCACUACGGACUAUGAUAAAUUUAUUGGCAUGUUGUGUCAUAGUCACUUAGGUGCACAAUCAGGUAUUUGCCGAAAUACUUCAGCUUCUACACCACAUCCUCCAGGAGCUACAACACCAGCAACAACUCAAGCUACACAAGGAAUUUCUGGUUCCGGUUCUCAUCUUGGAAGUAGUUCAUCGUCUAUUUCGCCUCUUGCAAGUGCUCAUUGGUGUCAUCUCACAAAUGGUACAAAUCUACCACUCGGCUAUUUAUUCAUGUAUGCACCAUGCACAAUAUGUCAAUGUACAUCAUCUCAUAAUGUUCUUUGCUCAAAACUUGCGUGUAUGAACACCUACUGUAAAGAUGAUUCUACACCAGCCGUUAGAUAUGGUCAAUGCUGUCCACAAUGUGCCUAUGAAGCUAAUGCAACUGCAUGCUAUGUUAGCGGGGUCGGAUUUCCACAUGGCGCACUCCUUAAAAGUACUACCGAUAAUGUAAAUUGCUGGUGUGAAUACGGAAAUAUUGAAUGUCGUCAGGCAACAACUUCUGUUUUCGCAGGUUUAGAUCUUUGGGGUAAUGGUACAGCACCUUAUGUUAUUGCUACCAUCAUAUUAAUUAUUCUAUUCGUUGGUUUAUUACUUUGCUGUAGUUGCACACUUUUAUAUUAUUAUUAUUAUCAACGUAAUCAACAUGUUAUUCAACAAGUGUAUGAUCAAUACUGCAAUAAUACUGGUGGAUGGCAACCCAUGAAUGAAGAUGGUGUUGUUGUUGAUGCUAAUGCCGAACAAAAGCAAGCUGAAGCUGAAAACAGCCAGUUCAAAAAUGAAUAUCCAACUGGUAAUUCCGAAGCAUUUGUUCCUCCACCAUAUGCUCUUUACAAUGGCGCAUAUGUCAACGACGGCAGUGCCAAUAAUCAAAAACAUGCUUAA